CUGAAAAGGGGCUAUGGUGUCAGAAUUGGCUCUUCUCGGUCUACUUCGGGAGAUCAUGCUUAUUCUCAUAAUUUUGCUCACAUUUUGAGUUGCUUUUAUAAAACAGCGUGGCUCAAUGAGACUGCAGAAUAACAGUACACAGAAUUCUUGAGGUAACUAAUGUCAGGAUGAACUUAUUGCUGCUUAAAGAACCGAAAGAAGAUGAUUCUGGUCCUGAUCCUUACAUCAAGGAGUUGGAGUUGCUUGGACACAACGCUACGUUGAUUCCAGUCUUGUCUUUCACGUUUGUGUCCCUCGAGACACUGUGUCAAAAGCUUCUUCAGCCUGAGAAGUUUGGAGGCCUUAUCUUCACCAGCCCCAGGGCAGUGGAGGCUGCUAGGGCGUGUUUGGAAGCUCAUAGUAAAAUGGAGGAGUGGGACGCCUCGGUGAAGGACAGAUGGAACGUGAGACUCGUCUACGUCGUCGGGAAGGCCACGGCUGCCUUGGUGAGGAGCCUGGGGCUGGUUCCGCAGGGUGAAGAUUCCGGAACGGCGUCCGUGCUCUCGCGGUUUAUCCUGGAAAAUGCAGCAGAUGAACCCCAGAAAUCACCCUUCCUCUUUCCCUGUGGCUCAAUCAAAAGAGAAGUCCUGCCUACCACUUUGAGAGAGCAUGGGGUGCCCCUGGAAACGCUGACUGUCUAUCAGACGGCCCAGCAUCCGGACCUGGAGAGGAACCUGACAGGCUAUUUCUCGGAGAAGGGUGUUCCAGCGAGCGUGGCCUUCUUCAGCCCGUCGGGAGUCCGCUUCUGCUUGGAGACGGUGCGCAGGCUGUCGGGCCCCGACCUGAGCCGGAUAAAGUUUGCCGCCAUUGGACCCACCACGGCCGACGCCAUGGUCGCGGAAGGCCUGACAGUCAGCUGCACCGCGGAGAAGCCGACAGCCCAGCAUCUGGCUCAUGGAAUCGAGCAAGUCCUACAGUGACCACCGUGGCCACUCAUCCCUGCAAGACAAAUCAUCCUAUGUCAAAGAAAGCACGUCACCAAUAUCAUUGACGCUGAACGUUUGCGACAAAUAUCGCCAUGCAAAGGAUUUUGUUAACGAGGCAAAAGUAUCCUGCUAAUGUAAUGCAUAUUGUAACAAUGGUAUUUCAAGUAAAUAUUUUUGUGAGGCAUUUUGCUGAUGCAAAAUGUUUGAUCUUCUUUGUAAAGUGUAUUGACGUGUAAUAAAUGACACAAUUUUAA